CAUCUUUUAUAUGCAUUGCUUUGCCUUCGUAGUAAAACACUACAGAUAUGAAGACAAUGGGAACAACACUAGCUUUCCUCCUCCUAUGGACUCUCUUUGUUGGGUUGGUUUCUGGAGACAUGGCCAUUCCUUUGACGUCUACAAGCGACGAAGAUCAGAAGACUUAUUACACUCCAGACCCACAUGCAGGAAGCCCCCCCUCAGGUUCUUCACCGGGGAGUCCACCUUAUGGAACUACACCACCACCUGAUGGCUCGGGAGGAAGCCAUGGAGGAAAACCACCCACUCAUGGACAUGGUGGUAAGAAACGCAGCCCAAAACCAGGGAACUGUGGAAACCCACCACACACUCCUACUCCAUCAAAACCUCCUUCCGGUGGUGGUGGACACCACAAGUCUCCUAAAUAUAAUCCAACCCCAUCUAUUCCAUCCACUCCUCCUUCAGAUGGUGGUGGGUAUUACAGCCCGCCCUCUCAUGAUCCCACUCCAACCCCAUCAACUCCAUUGAGUCCUCCUCCUUCUGGUGGUGGUGGUGGUGGAUACUACAGCCCUCCGUCUUAUGAUCCCACUCCAACUCCUUCAACUCCAUCAAAUCCUCCUCCUGAUGGUGGUGGUUCGACCCCAUCAACUCCAUCUACUCCAACUCCGUCAGCUCCUUCAGGUGGUGGAUACUACAGCCCUCCAACUUAUGAUCCCACUCCAACUCCUUCAACUCCUUCAACUCCAUCUACUCCAACUCCGUCAGCUCCUUCAGGUGGUGGUGGAUACUAUAGCCCUCCAACCUAUGAUCCCACUCCAACACCUUCAACUCCAUCUACUCCAACUCCGUCAACUCCUUCAGGUGGUGGAUACUAUAGCCCUCCAACUGAUAAUCCCACAACUCCUUCAACCCCAUCUACACCAACUCCGUCAACUCCUUCAGAUGGUGGAUACAACAGCCCUCCAACGUAUGAUCCCACUCCAACCCCAUCGACUCCUUCAGGUGGUGGUGGAUACUACAGCCCUCCAACUUACGAUCCUACUCCAUCAACUCCAUCCACACCUCCCUCAGGCGGUAGUGGAUACGACAGCCCUCCAUCUUAUGAUCCUAACCCAUCAACUCCUCCUUCAGGUGGUAAUGGAUUCUACAACCCUCCAACAUCUGGUACACCAUUCUAUGGAACCCCACCAACCACAUCAGCACCUCCCUUUGUUCCUGAUCCCAAUUCCCCCUUUACUGGCACAUGCAACUAUUGGAGUACGCACCCAGGAGCGAUAUGGGGAUUGUUGGGGUGGUGGGGAACAAUGGGCAGUGUUUUUGGCAUAACAGGCUCUCCAGGCUUUGGAGCAACUCUCAGCUUGCCACAAGCACUCUCAAACACACGAACUGAUGGCCUAGGAUCCCUGUACCGAGAAGGAGCUGCGGCUUUCCUGAACUCACUGGUCAACAACAGGUACCCCUUCACAACAAAUGAAGUUCGUCAAAGUUUUGUAUCGGCACUAAGCUCAAACAGAGCAGCAGCAGCUCAGGCCCGGGUUUUCCAGAUGGCCAACGAGGGCAGAUUCAAGCCUAGAAUCUGAAGCAGAAUAACAAUAAAUUCAGCACCUGAAGUAUAACUAUUUUACGUUUCCUCAGUGUCCUACCCUACUACGUAUUAUAUUAUUUCCUACUGCUAAGAAAUUCCCGUCUAUCUCGGCUUUCCAUAAA